GGACCGGGGAUCCUCAUCACAGCAGCAUCAGGCCCGUUCAUUCUCCACUGGAGGGCGAGUGGAGCAGCAGCACCGGGACGGUCCUCCGGCGGGCGGGACACGGGACACGGGACGCAGGCAGGCGGCGGCGCAGCAGCGGCGCUGCAGGACGGAGAGAAAAAAGCCCCGAGCCGGAGCUGCUGGUCCUCCGUGGGAUUUACACCCGCGUCCUCACUCCACCGCGGGACAUCACGCCAAGACAUGAACAUCUCCAGCUGAACUUUAUUGAUGCUGAACUGAGCGGAGCGGUGCUAUCUUCCAGUGUUUCCCCUCAGUUCUCCAUUCGUCUGUCACCUGAGUUGUGAGCAGCCAUGACGAAGUCCUACGUAUUCAACUGGCAGAAGCACCUGCCCGAGUUCAUGCAGGAAGGUGCUUCCUUUGACAGGUUUGAUGAGGAUCCGUACAUCUUUGAGCCCAACUGUCAGAUGAAGGUGGAUGAGUUUGGUUUUUUCAUCACCUGGAAGAGUGAGGGGAAGGAAGGCCAGGUUCUCGAGUGUUCCCUCAUCAACAGUAUCCGCGUCGGCGCCGUUCCCAAGGACCCAAAGAUCUUGUCGUCAUUUGAGGCCAUUGGAAAGACGGAGGCGGACUUGGAGGGAUGCAUCAUCUGCAUCUGCAGCGGCGCAGACCUUGUCAACCUCAGCUUCAUGUUCUUGGUGGCAGAGAGCCCCGACACAGCCAGGAAAUGGAUCGAGGGCUUGAGGUCGGUGAUCCACAACUUCAAGGCCAACAAUGUGUGUCCAAUGACAUGCCUGAAGAAACAUUGGAUGAAAAUGUGUUUCCUAACCAACGUCAAUGGGAAGAUCCCUGUGAGAGGCAUUACACGAACAUUUGCAUCCGGGAAGACGGAGAAGGGCAUCUUUCAGGCUCUGAAGGACCUCGGCCUUCCCAGUGGAAAGAACGACGAGAUUGAACAUUCAGACUUCACCUUUGACAUUUUUUACGCGCUCACACAGAAGAUCUGUCCCCGCACAGAUAUUGAGGAACUCUUCAAGAAAAUCAAUGGGAGCAAAACUGAUUAUUUAACUGUAGACCAGUUAGUCAGCUUUCUGAAUGAAAACCAGCGCGACCCGAGGCUCAACGAGAUUCUGUUCCCGUUCUAUGACCCCAAGAGAGCCACGCAGAUUAUUGACAAAUAUGAAAGAGAUGAUGAACUGAAGAAAAAAGGUCAGAUGUCCAGUGACGGGUUCUGCCGGUACCUAAUGUCAGAUGAAAAUGCCCCCGUGUUCCUGGACCGACUGGAGCUGUACCAGGACAUGGACCAGUCGCUGGCCCACUACUUCAUCAGCUCCUCCCACAACACCUACCUGACCGGCCGACAGUUCGGAGGGAAGUCGUCGGUGGAGAUGUACCGCCAGGUCCUGCUGUCUGGAUGCAGGUGUAUAGAGCUGGACUGCUGGGACGGCAAAGGAGAGGACCAGGAACCCAUCAUUACUCAUGGCAAGGCCAUGUGCACAGACAUCCUGUUCAAGGAUGUCAUCCAAGCCAUCAAGGAGACGGCAUUUGUGACAUCAGAUUACCCCGUCAUUUUGUCAUUUGAAAACCACUGCAGCAAACCACAGCAGUACAAGAUGGCCAAGUACUGCGAGGAGAUAUUCUGUGAAUUCCUCCUCAAACAGGCCGUGGACAGCUACCCGAUUGAACCUGGCCGCCCAUUACCGUCUCCAAACGACCUCAAGAGAAAAAUCCUCAUCAAAAACAAACGAUUGAAACCUGAAGUUGAGCAGAAGCAGCUCGAGGCCUUCAAGAAGCACAUGGAAGCGGGCGAGACCAACACCCCUGCCAUCAUUAUGGGAGAGGAGAAUGAAGAGGAGACGGAGAACGGAGAGAAAGAAACAGAAGAUGUGAAGGAUUUGAAUUCAGAAGCUCCAAGUCUGUCAGAGGCAGCCAGCGAGAAAGAGAGCAACAGUGUUUCCCAGAGUAACGCCGUCGGCUCGGGGAAAGACGAGGAACGUAGCAACAGCAUCAAGAAGGCACCUGACGAUGAAGUUGUUGAAGUCUCUGAAGCAACGGAUGCCACAGAUAUUUCAGAGGCCUCCGACCAAGACAACAACAAGAAGAGUGUAGAUGUGCCGGAAGACUCGGAGGAGGCUCUGAUCGCUCAGUACACCUACGUGGGAGCCACAACCAACAUCCACCCGUAUCUCUCAGCCAUGGUCAAUUAUGCACAGCCCGUCAAGUUCCAGAGCUUUGACGUGGCGGAGGAAAGGAAUAUCCACUACAACAUGUCGUCUUUUAACGAGUCGGUUGGCCUGGGUUACCUGAAGACGAACGCCAUCGAGUUUGUCAACUACAACAAGCGUCAGAUGAGCCGUAUCUACCCCAAAGGAGGCCGGGUGGACUCCAGUAAUUACAUGCCUCAGAUCUUCUGGAACGCAGGCUGCCAGAUGGUCUCGCUGAACUUCCAGACCCCAGAUCUGGCCAUGCAGCUGAACCAGGGAAAGUAUGAGUACAACGGAUCAUGCGGGUACCUGCUGAAACCCGACUUCAUGCGGCGGUCAGACAGGAUGUUCGACCCUUUCUCAGAAACACCAGUGGAUGGCGUCAUCGCAGCAACCUGCAGCGUUCAGGUUUUCUCAGGUCAGUUUCUGUCGGACAAGAAGAUCGGCACGUACGUUGAGGUUGACAUGUACGGGCUGCCGACCGACACCAUCAGGAAAGAGUUUCGCACACGCAUGGUGAUGAACAACGGGCUGAACCCCGCCUACGAGGAGCCCUUCGUGUUCAGAAAGGUAAUCUUACCCGAUCUGGCCGUGCUGCGCAUAGGAGUCUACGACGACAACAACAAGCUGAUCGGUCAGCGCAUCCUGCCUCUGGACGGCCUGCAGGCCGGCUACCGCCACAUCUCCUUAAGAAAUGAAGGGAACCGGCCCAUGUCGUUGCCCACCAUCUUCUGCCAAAUCAUCCUCAAGACCUACGUGCCCGACGGCUUCGGAGCUAUUGUGGAUGCCCUCUCAGACCCAAAGAAGUUCCUGACCAUAGCAGAGAAGAGAGCUGACCAGAUGAAGGCCCUUGGGAUUGACACGAAUGACAUUGCAGACGUUCCCAGUGGGAGCUCAAAGAACGACAAGAAGGGCAAAGGUAAAGGAGAUACGGUGAAAGCCAACGUGACCCCACAGACCAGCUCAGACAUGGCGCAGACCUCCAACUCUGCUCAAAACAACACCAAUGAAAGCAAGAAAGAUCCAGCACUUGUCCCUAAUGUCAGCAUCGACGAAUUAAAACAAAUGAAGACCUACCUUAAACUGAUUAAGAAACAACAGAAGGAGCUCAACUCUUUAAAGAAGAAACACUCAAAGGAUCAAAACGUAAUGCAGAAAGCCCAUUGCUCCCAGGUCGACAAGAUUGUAUCCCUGCAUGACAAGGACAAGACAAAUGUGGAGAAAUUGCUUGAAAAAGCCAUCAAGAAACGAGGGGAGAACAACUGUCAAGAGCUGAAGAAGGAGACGGAAGAUAAGAUCCAGACACUAGUCGCAGAUCAUAAAGCAAAGGUAAAGGACAUCACAGCCCAGCACACUAAAGAGUGGUCCGAGCUGAUCAGUAGUCACAGCAGCGAGGAGCAGGAGAUGAAGGACAAUCAUGUAGCACAGCAGUGUGAGCACCUGAAGAAGCUGCUGGCCACGGUGCAGGAGCAGCAGACGCUGCAGCUCAAAGUCAUCCACGACAGGCAGAGCAAAGAGAUGCGAGCGAACCAGGCCAAGAUGUCCAUGGAGAACAGUAAAGCCAUCAGCCAGGACAAGUCCAUCAAAAACAAGGCGGAGCGCGAGAGGAGAGUGCGGGAGUUAAACAGCAGCAACACCAAGAAGUUCCUGGAUGAGAGGAAGAGGUUGGCCAUGAAGCAUCAGAAGGAGUUGGAGCAGCUGGAGAAAAACCAGAAAGAGCAGCUGGAGAAACUGGAGAAGUUCAAUGAGCAGGCCAAGGACAUCCAGCAGAUGGUGAAGUUAGAGGAGGAGAUGGACCGCAGACCUGCCACAGUGGUGUGAGCGACUGAGGUGGAGACGAGAACACGUGUACACUCGUGUGCACGCACGCACACACACUCACACACAAAGCACCGCAGGAAGCCCUCUGCUGUACUGGUGACACGACCGUCUGACACACACCUCCCUCUCCCUCCGUUCACUCAACCCAGCCUCCUCUGCAUCUGCAACCCGCCGACUCACCACCACUGAGCCAUCGCUGCUUGUCGCCGUUUGACGAGGGGGUUACCGCUGACGGAGGCGUGGAACGUAGCCUCGAAAAACACACCUCCCCUCCUCCACUGUGUGGCGUUUUAAAGACAACAAAAGCUUCAGCUGUUAUUGGGAACAAACACACACUCAUCACAGUUCAGAUAACGGUUAUCACUCGCUUUUUAUUUUUCAUUUUUAAAAACGGUACCAAAUAAACUCACAGGACGAGCGUAAGAGGGGAGAGGAUGUAUAAGACAAGAUAUAAUUUCAGCACAAAUGAUUAUCUUUGUGAAAUACACUGUAUUCUACACACAAAUCCUGUCCUGAGCACUUUGUAUGUAAUAGGUUGUUUAAAAAAAAAAAAAAGUGGAAAAUGUAGCAGUGCACUACUGUAGGUUCUCUGUUUUUUCAGUAAGAAUGUAUUAAAAUCUAAAUUUACUGUAGGACAGAGUGGCAACCCCUCCCCAAACAUGUCUGUAGUUCGGAGCAUCGUCUGCGGAAGGGGUCACUGGGAACCGACGUCCACGUUCGUGGUCGUGGCCCAUUUCCCACACCGACUGUUUAAGUAAAUACCCAAGAUGUGCUGCAAGAGUUCUCUUUCGCACUUGACAAGAACAUAUGGUAGACUCCUCCGUUUCCAUGAGAAUUAAUCAAUUUUCCGGCUGCAGAAGUAUGUGGCUCAAGAUGAUGCACGAUGUGCAACAGACACGAGCAAAUGAAGUGUUUCUCAAUGAAAUAUUUGGCUUCAGCAGUAUUGCAUCAGUUCAACAGCGUCUGUAACGAGAAUCAAGGUCCAGACACGAGAAAUCAAACUCUAAAAUAAGUUAAAAGUUCUGUUUUAUAGAUCUGAGCUACGAGAUCUCUCCCCCGUCUCCCACGGCUGGGGCCAAGAAAAGUGUAACAAGAAAAUAUCUAUAAAUUUGAUGAGGUGAAGAGGUUAAUGGAACCAGAAAACUUGACACCCAACGAUAUUCGUUUAGAGUUUGGUUUCUUUUUCACAGACUCAGAUUUUGAUGCAACGGUAACCAAGACUACUGAUGAAAUUAUUAGUGAUUAUUACCCAAAAAUACAAAAAAAGGUUGCUUUCAAUGCUUUGAACACGAGUAUUGAUGCAACCAGAGGCAAUAACAUCACCAAACCUGCUGAUACAAGUUUGUUUUUUUUUAGUUUUUUGGAGUUGUGCACUUAAACCUCUUCUUAGAGUUGAGCCUAGUCUGAACUACUCUGACAAAAAGAUUCAUCUACAUUUCCAGUCUUUUGAUUGAGUGGAUGAUACGAGUCUAACUCAUCUCAUAUUGUCACUUUUCUCUCUCUCUCUUUCUCUCUCUCUCUCUCUCACACACACACACACAUGGUAUUGUUGAAGUUAAGUGCUCCCUUAUUAGGUUCUUCUCUGCACUUUAGCCACCUCAGCUUGUAAUCCUCAUUGUUUCCCCGUUAGGCUUCGCUCAGGGGAGAUCACAGCCAGUAAUUAUAGCAGAUUUGUUCAAGUCUGAAGCACGUACCACACGCCACCCACUGCAGAGAGUUCAGAGGAGGCCUGCGUCACUCUGCCUUUCCAGCAGGUCUGUCCACUAGAAAACGCCGUCACUUCUGGGCCUGGAGAUGUGUUACUAUUUGCGUGAAGGCCUAGUUGUCACUGCUGGACGGAAAAACCACUGACGAGGCAGAAAUGUGACUUAAGUAUUACUACGACGCGCUGUAAAACAAUUUCAGAGAGUGACGCAGAGUCACAGGAACGAUCUUCUGUUUCAGAAUCACACGAGGACGAGAGCACGAGUAGGUACUUUGGCCUUUCUUAGUGUUUUUUGUUGUUUUUUUUUCCCCCCCUGUUUUAUUCUGCUGUAUUACAUGUGAAGGGUAGACGGGACGCUCUUGUAAAUACUCUACUGGAAUGUACGUAGUUGAAUUUCCUUUUUUUGACCAGCUGUUUUCUGUCAUUCAAGGGCUCGGGGGACAGAGGGGGGGUCAAGCACUGGUUUUUGCUUGUCGGGUCGUUUGUUUCGUGUUUCCUCGUCUGCCCUAACCGCACCUCACCACACAGACUAAAGCUCUCGCCACAUAUCUAGCGCAGAGAUAAGUGAGUAAAAAAGUGCUUUUAAAGUUAAUUCCAUUGCUUUCAGAUGUGCCACUCAGUGUCUGUUAGGACGUUUAAAUUAUUUUAUGAAUGAUAAAAUGCCAAAUUAAGGGGUUAUUUGUAUGAAGGUAUAUAUAAAUAAAUAUAUAUUAUAUAUAUUAGAUAACGUGUAGUUUAAGAUUAUGUUAGAGGCUUUUUUUGCACUAGUUGAAUGUUUCUGUUGUGUGAUUAAAUGUAAUCUUCGGCUCUCGAGUUUGUCAAGAAAAAAAAAAAGCAGAUUAUUUUUGCAGAGCAACAUCACUGAUUUCAUUUCCUCGGUUUCUACUGUAUCUCCUCUUUGUUUUCUAUUUGAAUUGUAGCUUGUCAACAGACAUUUUGUGCGUGUUUUUGUAUUUAUAUUGUACUGUUGAACUUAUAGCAAUGAUAAUACUGUUGUUAUCCAGCUCCUUUAAUACUGUUUUAUAGUAUGUGUAUCAAUAAAUCCAGGUG